AUGGACAGAGAACAAGAGGAAAUCCAAUUCCUAGGCUUAUUCGGCAUCCUCAAGGAAUCAUGCGACCUCGUACUCUCAUCACCAUGGCGAAAAAUCUUCGCCCAGAUAACUCUUCUCCUCAUCCUUCCCCUCUCCUCCGUCUACCUAUCCCACAUCGAGAUAACAGAGAUCCUCUUCCGCAAAAUCAUGCACAACGAGUUCAUGCUUGAGUGGACCCCUGAAGGCACCCGCAUCCACCAGCGCCUCGCCCACGUGCUCCGCUCCGAGUUGACCGCUUUCUUCCUCUUCAAAAUCGCGUACAUCCUCUUCUUCAUACUCCUCGCCCUCCUCUCCACGGCCGCCAUCGUCUACACCAUCGCCUGCAUCUACACCGCCAAGGAGAUAACCCUAACACGUGUCGCCAGCGUGGUGCCCAAGGUCUGGAAGAGGCUCGCCCUCACUUUCCUCUGCAGCUUCGCGUUAGUUUUCGCCUACAACGUCCUGUCCUUGCUGCUUCUCGUCUUGGGCGCUGUUACUGUGGGGCCCGUGCGCGUUCUCGGGGUUGUUUGUCUUGUGUUGUUCUCGGUGGUUUAUUUGGUGGGGCUUUUGUACAUAACCAUUAUCUGGCAUCUGGCGAGCGUGGUGUCUGUGCUGGAACAGAGUUACGGGUUUGGGGCGAUGAGGAAGAGCAAGGGCUUGAUCAGGGGUAAAAUGGGGAUUUCGGCUGCGGUGUUUUUGGUCUUGGCGCUGCUUUUUCUUGGGGUUGAGCAUAUGUUUAAGAUAUUUGUGGUUUUUGGAGAAGGGAAGGGGUUGGGGGAGAGGAUUGGGUAUGGGAUGCUUUGUGUGAUUCUGUUGUCGAUUACGAUGCUCUUUGGAUUGGUCGCGCAGACUAUUGUUUACUUUGUGUGCAAGUCGUAUCACCAUGAGAAUAUCGAUAAGUCGUCGUUGGCGGAUCAUCUUGGGGCUUACCUUGGGGAGUAUGUGCCUCUCAAGUCCAAGGAUCUUCAGUUGCAACAGUUUGAGGUUUAA